CCGGCAGCCGGGCGUCCUCCCAGAAAACCUCUCUCUGGACUCCAGCAGCUUCUCUCCUGCUGUAAACUUCCUCCAAGAAUUGCCAAGUUACCGGUCCAUUGCGCGAAGGAGGACCACUCUCCUUUCCCGGGAUAAGCAAAGUGGCACAUUGCUGAAGCCGGCAGACUCCUACAGAUCCCAUCUGGAGGGAGAAAUCACUGAAAACCUCAAUAGCCAAUCCAUUCGGAAGUAUGCGCUGAACAUUUCUGAGAAGCGGAGACUGAGAGCCAUUCAAGAGACCCAAAUGAAGUAUUUAUCCGAGUGGGACCAGUGGAAACGGUACAGCAGCAAGUCAUGGAAGAGGUUCUUGGAGAAGACUCAUGAGAUGACCCGGCACCUGGAGCUGUGGCGGGAGGACAUCCGCAGCAUAGAAGGGAAAUUUGGCACCGGGAUUCAGUCCUAUUUCUCUUUCUUGAGGUUCCUGGUGUUGCUGAAUUUGGUGAUAUUCCUGAUCAUCUUUGUGUUGGUUUUGCUGCCAGUUUUUUUCACCAGAUACAAAAUCACCAAUAGCACCUUUGUGUCCAUUCCAUUGAAAGAUACAGAUAUGCAGUGUACAGUCUAUCCAGUAAGCAGUUCUGGACUCGUCUACUUUUACAGCUAUAUCAUAGACUUGCUUUCUGGCACUGGCUUCUUGGAGGAGACCAGCCUCUUUUAUGGACAUUACACCAUUGAUGGUAUAAAAUUUCAGAACUUCACUUAUGAUCUUCCCUUGGCUUAUUUGAUAAGUACAAUUGCCUACCUGGCCCUGAGCCUCCUUUGGAUAGUGAAAAGGUCAGUGGAGGGGUUCAAAGUCAACCUGAUUCGGAGUGAGGAGCACUUCCAGAGUUACUGCAACAAGAUCUUUGCUGGCUGGGACUUCUGCAUCACCAACCGCAGCAUGGCCGACCUGAAGCACAGCAGCUUGCGGUAUGAGCUCCGAGCAGAUCUGGAAGAAGAGAGAAUACGGCAGAAAAUAGCACAAAGAACCUCAGAGGAGACCAUACGCAUUUACUCUUUGAGACUGUUUUUGAACUGCAUUGUUCUGGCUGUUUUAGCUGCAUGCUUUUAUGCAAUCUACUUAGCAACUACCUUCUCACAAGAACACAUGAAAAAAGAAAUUGACAAGAUGGUUUUUGGAGAGAACCUGUUAAUUCUGUACCUACCAUCCAUUGUGAUCACACUGGCCAAUUUUAUCACCCCGAUCAUCUUUGCCAAGAUCAUCCACUAUGAGGAUUAUUCGCCAGGCUUUGAGAUCCGGCUGACAAUUCUUAGGUGCGUAUUUAUGCGGCUGGCCACCAUCUGUGUGCUGGUGUUCACACUGGGUUCCAAGAUCACAUCCUGUGGUGACACCACAUGUGAACUCUGUGGCUACAACCAGAAACUCUACCCGUGCUGGGAGACCCAGGUUGGGCAGGAAAUGUACAAGCUGAUGAUCUUCGACUUCAUCAUCAUCUUGGCCGUGACACUUUUUGUGGAUUUCCCUAGAAAGCUCCUGGUGACCUACUGCUCUUCCUGGAAGCUGAUCCAGUGCUGGGGACAGCAGGAGUUCGCCAUCCCAGAUAACGUCCUGGGGAUUGUGUAUGGGCAAACCAUUUGCUGGAUUGGAGCCUUUUUCUCACCCCUUCUACCUGCAAUUGCGACCAUGAAAUUCAUUAUCAUCUUUUACGUGAAAGAGUUGAGUCUUCUUUAUACCUGCAGACCUUCCCCAAGGCAGUUCAGAGCAUCCAAUUCUAAUUUCUUCUUCCUGCUGGUGUUGUUGAUUGGGCUGUGCUUGGCAAUUAUUCCUCUGACCAUCAGCAUGUCCAGCAUCCCUUCCUCGAAAGCCUGUGGGCCAUUCACUAGCUAUAACACCACCUGGGAUGUCAUCCCCAUGACUGUGACCACCUUCCCCAGCUCGCUGCAGGCUGUGAUUCAUGGCAUCACCUCAGAAGCCUUUGCUGUGCCCUUCUUCAUGAUCAUCUGCCUCGUCAUGUUCUACUUCAUCGCCCUGGCUGGAGCACACAAGCGGGUGGUCCUCCAGCUCCGAGAGCAGCUGUCUCUGGAAAGUCGUGAUAAGCGCUAUCUAAUCCAGAAACUAACAGAAGCCCAACAGGAUCUGAGGGGCCAAUAGGUCGGGCAUGAAGAUGCUACUGUGUCUGCUUCUCAGUUGGCCUCCUGACUGCUGAGCACUCCAAAGUCUACCUGGGUUCUGAGGCGAAAUUUUACAAUAUAUUUUUCUGGAGUUUUAAAGAGAUCAGCUCCCUGUGCACAGCUGUGGUGGCUGUGUUUGCAUAGCCCAGCCCCUAGGGAAGGCUUUUAGUGACUUGGAAGUGCAGGUUGAAACCUAGGUCUUUACCUGUACGCUGGUAACUCAGUGAUGACUCCACCGAAAUAGUAACUCGUCUAGCUGUUCGGGGUUUUACAACAAAAAUCAAGGGGAGACUUUUAUAUUUUUUAAAAGCUUGUUUUAUGUUGUCUUUCAAAGUUAACCCAAGGUCAUCUGUUCCCGAAACUGCGUUCUUUUUUUUGAACCUGGCUCUAGGAGUUUAGUCUGAGGAGUUUUCCUUAAAAGCUGUGGUCCUCCUGAAUGAUUCCAGUGACUUAAAAUGAAAACUGACUUUUUUAAAUGAAGAGAAUCCUUGAAUCAUAAUGCCUGGAACAGGUGGUAAGGACAAAAAGCAGACUGUCAUGUAAUUUUGGUUACAUGGUGGUAGUAAGGGAGAAAAAUCAGUCCCUGCCGUGUGAAUAAGCAGUCCCUCAACAUCCUGAGCAACCUUCACAAAGAGGACUGUGGCAUAUUGGCUGCCUUGACUUCUCAGCUUUCUAGGCAUUUUGCUGUAACCUUAUUUAUUACUCAGGGGAAAGCUGCCGUAGUUACCCAUAAGCCUUCAGUUUCUGUCUGGUCUACAGUUCUGAGACUUGGCAGAAGCCCUGUAUGGUUGGAAUUAGGAGGCAGACAAAGUUUGUCUCUCAGUCUUCCCAAGUGCUGGUUCCCAUCCUUCACUAAGGUGUCCAUUUCUGAAGGACGCACACAUAGCAUUUCAGAGCCAGGCCGCAGGGGUGGUUUAGUAUUAGAGCUAUGGCUUAUGUGCGUAAGUGUUUUGUGGUAUGGGUUACAGCUCAGCCUUUUCAUUAUACCAGCCUGUGACAUAUACUGGGUGCUGGUUUCUUAAAUGCACAUUUCCACAUUUUAAAGGCUGCCAUUUGUUUCCCUGUGCUUAAAAUUUUAAGAGCACAUGACUUUAUUAUGCAAAACAUUACAAAAGCACAGUAUCUAAGAUUUCCGUUACAGUAAAAAAUGCAAUAAAUACCUCAUCAUACGUGUACCUAAAUUUGACACCCUGAAGCCUUUAAUUGAAGCCUAAGUUAUUAUUUAAUGCAAUCCAUUUUCAUUUAAUGCAUAAUAUUUUCAAAAUCAUUGUCAAAGUAUUCUGUCAAGUUUCCUUCCAUUGUUUUUCUUCCCUUUCGCUGGCUCCAGCCCUUUUGUGGAGUUUAAAGCUUUUAGAGAGCUACUGUUGAGAAUAAUUCCCACCCACCUCUAGACUGCCCCAUUACUCUAAGAUGAUUUGCUCCUUGCUCUGGGAGGCAAAGAAAGUGGUCAUAGCUGACGCAUUUCUGGAUUCAUGGUCCUUUGUCACAACCAUGUGUGUGCUGUGCUGCUGGGGAUGGAACCCAGGUCCUCAGCAUGUGCUUCUGUACCGCUGGCCACUCCCUGACCUCAACACAACCACUUUCUGGCUCUGGUAGAAAGUACCAUUAACAUGGGGUAUAUCUGUACCUGCGAGACUGAUGUUCUUCUCAGUCUCUCCCUGUCUCAUUAAGGUUUAUGAGUUUCUAAACCAUUUAAUAAUUGGUAUAAAUUUUGAGCAAUCCAAAGUCCAUUCCAUCCUCACUUAAAAAACAAAUUUUGGCAUUUCUGUCCAACACCUUUGUAAUGUACUUGCCUUCAGCAUGCUCCUGAGGACAGGGCAGGUUUCUAUUUGUGUGUGUGUAUUGUAUAAAAUAAAAAUAUAUUGCCCUGUUUUCUUUUCAUUUUUAAAUUGAUAGUGAAAUAUGCUAAUAGCAUAUUAGUUUUACUUAAGUGCUGCUAACUUGAAUACCUCUUACUUGAAUUUUUUAUGUUUUGAUAACUAAUAACUUCAGGUGAUAUCUGUGUAAUUUUUAAAGUGAAGCUGUUUAACAUGUGCAUUAAAACUACUGAUCAAAUAA